AUGCUUAAGUCUUUAAAAGGAAUGGCUGAAGAGAAUUUCACAGUUGUUACUGAGUUUAUUCUUUGGGGAUUGACAGACCGUGCUGAACUGAAAGUUGUGCUCUUUGUGUUGUUCCUGGUGAUUUAUGCAGUUACGUUGGUGGGGAAUCUGGGCAUGGUCAUCUUAAUCCAAAUCACCCCAAAGCUCCAGACUCCUAUGUACUUUUUCCUCAGCUGCCUUUCCUUUGUGGAUGCCUGCUAUUCUUCAGCCAUUGCACCAAAACUGCUGAUCAACUUCUUGGUCGUGAAGGAAACCAUCUCCUUCUCAGCCUGCAUGACACAGCAUUUAUUUUUUGGGGUGCUCAUUACCACAGAAGGCUUCCUGCUGUCCGUGAUGGCUUAUGACCGUUACGUAGCCAUUGUCAAUCCUUUGCUUUACACUGCAGCCAUGUCUAAGAGAAAGUGUGUGGUGCUGGUCAUCGGGUCGUGUACAGGAGGAAUAAUCAAUUCAUUGACACACACACUAAGCUUGGCGAGAUUGUCCUUUUGUGGUCCCAAUGUGGUGAAUCACUUCUUCUGUGAUGUUCCGCCAUUGUUAAAGCUGUCAUGUUCUGACACCUCCAUGAAUGAGUUUUUGCUCCUGACCUUCUCUGGAGUCAUUGCCAUGGGUACUUUCUUCAUUGUGAUCAUCUCCUACAUACUCAUUACCAUUUCGAUUCUGAGAAUCCGCUCAACAUCAGGUAGACAGAAAGCCUUCUCCACCUGUGCCUCUCACCUCACUGCUGUGACCAUAUUUUAUGGGACCUUAAGUUUCAGUUACAUCCAGCCAAGCUCACAGUAUUCUGUAGAACAGGAGAAGGUGGUAUCUGUGUUCUACACACUAGUCAUUCCCAUGUUAAACCCAUUGAUUUACAGUCUCAGGAACAAGGAGGUCAAAUAUGCGGUGAAAAGGGCCACAGAAAGGAGACACUGCUCAUGUUAA